AGACCAAGUGCUUGCCUGGAGCUUCCGCAACUUCUCUUUUCCCAUCUCCCACGCCCACCUACCAUUGCAACCCGACGUAGAGACGACGAGCUCAGCCAGAUUCCUCAAUUAGACCUGGCUGUAGUGGCAUAACAACACCAACACCGCCACAACUUCAACCCCCACGACACCGCGAAGAUGUUUAUGGCAAGAUCUGAAUAUGACCGGGGCAUUAACACCUUCUCCCCCGAGGGCCGCCUCUUCCAAGUCGAGUACUCCCUCGAGGCCAUCAAGCUCGGCAGCACCGCCAUUGGGGUAGCCACGUCGGAGGGCGUGAUCCUGGGCGUCGAGAAGCGGGUGACGUCGACGCUGCUCGAGACGUCGUCCGUCGAGAAAAUCGUCGAGAUUGACCGGCACAUCGGCUGCGCUAUGAGCGGCCUGCAGGCCGACGCGCGCAGCAUGGUCGAGCACGCGCGCGUCGAGUGCCAGAGCCACGCCUUCAACUACAACGAGAACCUGCGCGUCGAGAGCUGCACCCAGGCCAUCUGCGACCUGGCCCUGCGCUUCGGCGAGUCCGCCGACGGCGAGGAGUCCAUCAUGAGCCGCCCCUUUGGCGUCGCCCUGCUCAUCGCCGGCUACGACGAGGACGGCCCCAGCCUCUACCACGCCGAGCCCAGCGGCACCUUCUACCGAUAUGAUGCGAAGGCCAUUGGGAGCGGGAGCGAGGGCGCCCAGGCGGAGCUGCAGAACGAGUAUCACAAGUCUCUCACCAUCACCGAUGCCGAGACUCUAGUGUUGAAGACCCUCAAGCAGGUCAUGGAGGAGAAGCUGGAUUCGAAGAACGUCCAGCUGGCAAGCGUCACGAAGGACCGCGGUUUCAGAAUAUACACGGACGAGGAGAUGGCAGCGGUUGUAGAUCGGCUCCCGGCGAACUAGAGAAGGCUUACUUUGUCAGGCGAGCGGACAUUUGGCUGCAGUACGUCUUGAAAAAGAAUAGAUCACGAUGGAAUCGGAGGCCAAGAGACAAAAUCGACAAGGGUCGUGACUUCGAACUCAGAUGCGUCACAACUAUUCACCAAGUAAUAUGGAUGUACCAGUAGUUAGGGAAGUGUAUGACUACUACAACGACAGGUAGACCUUUUUUCCGCCAAUCCAGAAGAGUGUUGGGGUUGAUCCAAAAGCUCGUUCGGCAGCUGCCCUGCCUGGUAUCACAAAUACAAGAAGUCCGUAGCUAUCUCACCUAUACUAUACUCGAGUUCUC